UUGCUCUCACGGUCUUUGCGAACUACAUCAUAACCUGAUAGAUGUACUUCGCCGUCUUUGCUGUUCACGUUUGCAAAGAAGAGUAAUCCCGGGUUUUCAACAUAUUAUGUGGCCUGCUAAUAAAGUUAAUUAAGCUUUAGGGGUCUGGUUCUCUACAACUAAAGGCGAAUCUCUAACACUGAACCAUGAAGAAAAAAAGGAAAAGAUUUGUAGGUUAGUUGAUAUUUGGCAAUUUAGAAGAUUAACCCUUCUUGGGAAAAUAAUGGUCUUUAAGAGUUUGAUCGCUUCGCAGCUAGUUUACAUCUUGUCCCCUCUACCAUCGUCGCAUCAUAACCUUAAAGAAAUAAAAGGUGUCAUCCCAAUGGGUUGGAAAACAAAGUCAAAAUAACAGAAAUAAUCAGUGACUUUGCCGAAGGUGGCCUCAAAAUGCUAGAUGCUCUUAAAGCGAAAUGGAGUCAACGAUAUCUAGAUCCUCAUAACAGAGGAAAAUGGAAGCUGUUUGUAGAGUUCUCCCUAACAGGUCACGACAUCAACCUUCUUUUGCAAGUUAACCUUAAUUCGGAUGAUGUUGCCUCUUUGGGAUUAGAAGAACCUAUAAAGAGCUUAUCGAAACGUGGUCACUUCUGAAUUUUAAAAAAACAACUUUGGGGAAACACCAGUUUGGUACAACUCUCUUAUACGUAUUGAAAACAAGCCUAUCCAUUAUCGUAUCUGGUCCUCGGCAGGUAUUUUCUUCGUAAGUGGCCAUUUGGAAGAGGAUUCACAAUUUUUAAUUUUUGAUACUUUCAAGGAAAAGUUUGCGAUAAAAGCUCACUUUCUACAGUACCACAGCGUGAUAUGUGCCAUCUCGAAUAUAAAACGUAAAAACCAAUGUUCACAAAUGAAAGAUGCUAAAACCGACGCCAAAAGCGUAUUAUCCUCUGAAGCUUUCUGUAAACUAGCUUACAAAUCAUUUCUAACUAAAAGCGCCUCUGUCCCUUGUCAAAGUCAGGAAAAAUGGCUGGCAGACUGCAAAUCUUUUGACUUUAACACGACUGAUUGGGGUAAGUCAUAUACCCUUGCUUUUCUAUGUACCAGGGAAUCUAAAUUACGUGUAUUUCAACUUAAACUUCGGCAUGGAAAAUUGGCAACGAACUAUUUCCUUUUUAAAAUUGGAAUCAAAUCUAAUGAUCAAUGUAGUUUCUGUAACGAAAGCUCGGAAACAUUUUUGCUCCUCUUUUGUGAAUGUCCUUUCGUUAAAUCCUUUUGAAAAUUAGUAACUGGAUGAAAAACAGCUCUUGCUUUCUUAACGAAUAAUUCUCCUUUUUGUUUUACAUAGGCCUCGUGAACGAUACUACAAACCUGCUUUUUAAUCGUGAGGUAUCACAUCUAUUUCUCGAAACAAAAAGGCCUUAACCCUUCAUGGGAACUCGUCUCGAACCAUUCUAAAUUGUCUUGAUUAUGAAAGACGUUAUGCCAUUAAAACUGGGAUUUUAAGAAAAUUCAAUGCAAAAUGGGGAGCGUUUAUCCGGGAAAAUGAUCUUUAGUCUUUAACUCUCUAGAGGCUCUUUCAGGACGUUUCUAGGCGGAUAAUCAGUAAUCCUGUGUGGGCGUGUGUGUGCGCGUGCGUAUGCAAGAACUACUUAAGUUACUUUGCCUACUCUGUAUUAUAUAUCUGGACUGUUAAGUAAUUUGUGCAUAGUAGCAAUGUAAUCAUGUAUCUAUAUGCUUUAUAUGUCAGUAAUGUAUAUAUAUAUAUAUAUAUAUGUAUGUAUGUAUAUGUAUAUGUAUAUGUAUAUGUAUAUGGUGCGUGCUUAUAAGCGAGACCUCUACUUUUACGGGCACGCGGCGGGAUGGCAAGGUUUUCCACAUAUUCCAUACAGUGAAUUGUCAAUCAACCUUUGUGAUUUAUAUAAUUGAGUGUCGAAUUUGUAGAUUACAAUAUGUAGGGAAGAGCGAGACAGCUUUCAACCUGCGCCUUAAUAAUCAUAGGAACCAUAUUAAAAAAGGAGUCAACAGCUGUGAACUAUCAGAGCACUUUCUUCACAACAGCAGGUCUCAUGACUUUGGGAAAGACGUCACAAUUACGAUUAUUGAACAAAUCAAACGGAGUAACAUGACAAUUGAACGGAAAAAAGAAAUGCUUCGAGCUAAAGAAAUAUUUUGGCAAAGUCGGCUGAACACAUUGCAACCGAACGGUCUCAAUAAGAGAAUGGGCUAGAACUCAGAGUCGAAUAUACCGUUAUAAAGUAUUCAGUACAUAAAUAACGUUUUAGAACGUAAAUUAUAGGGGUCAUUCCACUCUACGCCCACACGAAUGUAAUUAACCUAUUAGAACAGGAUUACUGGUUGCAACUAAUCAACUAAGGAACACUUCUUUAUUACGUCACAAUAAAAGAUCAUUAAUUGAUUAAUGAACCCAAUGUAAAGACCCCUGAUGAAGGCAGACGCCGAAACGCGUUGGGUGUGAAUAAAGUUUUUAUCAAGUUGUAAAACCCUUUAAUGAGAAAUGCAGAUUCCCAGCUGGUGCUACUGAUUGAUAAGAUGCUUACUUCUGGUCAGCCCAUGUAUGUUCAACCCAAUGUAAACCGGCAAUGGUGGCUCGUGCUCUAACGAAUGUCUUGGUCUCUAACGAAUGUCUUUCUUGGUUUUUCAAUUGUGAGGCAUGCUUGGGACUCUUGUUUCUCUUGGUUUUUCAAGUUGGAUCCAUUGAGAAUUAAGGAAAUGAGGGUCUUGAGACUUGAUGGCAGUGACGUCUUCACAUGUUUUCGGAAAAGAUCCGUUGAAGAGAAUGCCUUCAUGUCUUUCCUUAUUGAAGCAGCCCUGCAUGGCCAAAAUUAUGGCGUCUUCUAGGAAGUCUCUCUUCUUUAAGGCAUCUUGAAUCAUGUUACACAUUCCUGCUUUGAAAACUAAGAGAGUAUUCCAAAAAGCGCUCCUUUGGCCUGGUCUUGUUUACUGAUUUCAUAUUACCUAGAUCCUCCAGGCGACUUUCAUAUAAAGAGUGCAGCUGCGACAAUUUAAACAGGAGUUUUCCAAAAUUGACUUCUUUUUUGACAUAACUUGCAAGCUCGACAAACGCGCGGGAGUUACACAGUUUUCAUCAAUGUUUUGCUCAUCCUUGUUUGAUUCCCUGACGUGACCGCGAUAUCUGUUUGUCAAUUCAAUCAAGCAUUUCAGGUGAUACUUAGCUCCGAUCCUAAUAACAUCUCCUUCAACUAUUCUCACAAGUAGUCGGGAAUCAUUAAGCUCUGUUAUUAUUGUUCUUAUACUUGCGUCUGUCUCAAAUGUAGACACCUGGAGGAGUUCUUCAUCAUUCUCUUGAGUUCCCUUCUCACAGAAAAAACACACUUCACUCUUCAACCAUUUUCGCUUACCACGAGAACUUGUUUCUGUCGAAUCACUGCUGCGUUUUAUUUUCAGUUUUGCUAUUUCAAGUUUGCAGCUGCUAAAUUUCGCGUAGCAAGACUUAUGCCGUGACGCACGAUGAAAUUCUCGGUUUUCUGCAGUCUCAUCACAUCCAAAUUUGACUAUCACUGGAAAAGAAGCAGUAUCUUGAAACUGCUUUACGUGAUUAGGAAAGUUCUUAUAUGCGUCUUUUUUUUUGUUUCCUUUCUUAACCUGGUUUUCCAAAGGACAUGUUAGAGCUUCUGAGGUUUUCCUCUGGCAUAUAACACAUCGUUUCCAGUCUAGCUCCAUGUUUUGCGGUCACAAGCUAAAACAAAUAAGGAAUUGCUACAUGUAUAACAAUGUAUAUGCCACAAUGUUCAAUUUUUGGUCAAUUUGUUUUGGGAAAGGUGGUUCAACAACGAGGUAGAUGGCGAAGAGUGCUGCCUAACAUCAAACCCGACGUCUUGGUUUUGAUUGUUAACGACACACCCCUAGAGACCAUUGGAAUCUUGGCAGAGUGUUGGAGACUUACACGGGUCCAGAUGGUCUAGUACAGACUGUGAAGGUCAAGACCAAAGACGCUGUCUAUGUUCGUGCUAUACAAAAGUUGUGCUUGCUUGAGAACGAUGUGAAAGAAGUAGAUAAAAUGUAGAUUCUGAGUUUAACUGUCGGGACGUUCUACGCGAUCACCCCAAGGCGGGCUGGAUGUUCGGGACAAAUCUAAUUUAAACAUCGAAUAUGAAAAUCAUCCGAAAACUGUUCUGUUUGUAGAUAGGGACCUGAGCGUUAGUCACGUGACCCCCUUUUCUGCAUGUGACUAGCGGGUUCGUCGGCGCGCGUUGUUGCGUUGUUUUAUUGCAGAGAGAGCACAGAACUUGUGAGUAUUUUGUUCGUUUUUCAGUUCUAGUUGGCUCUCUACCUACAUGUUUUGUAUUUUUGUUUUAGUUUUUACCGUUCGAGUUAAAAAAUUCUGUGCUUAUCCCCAACAGUUAGAAUUUAAAUAUUUUGCCUUUCUUUGAUAAAGCAAGCAUUAAUUUAGACUCUCAAAAAAGUCCUUUGUCCCAUUUAAUAUGGCGCAGGACGAACUCGCUUGGCCGCUUCGAGGCCUAAAAAACACGCUCCGCUCGCUAAGAAACUCGUAAGGUUGACUUGUGGCAAUUGUAGCAUUAAUUUAAAUCGUAAUCUAUUCCACAACACUGUCAUUCAUGCUCAGUUUGAAUAUGAUACAGGAAUAAUAACGCUCAGCGGUCUAAGCUAAGCCGGAACAGCCUGGCUUCGGGUAGCAGUAUUGAACAACCCACGCGCAUUAUUUUUGUUAAGAUAAAAUGGGUGGGCGGGCAAGCGGGCCGAUUCUUUGUUCCCUGCUCCGCUGGCGGAAACUAAGCAAGAAAGGAGUGACCCGUCCCAACAUGGCAUUUAUAGCCCUACUAUACCUUCGUACAUUGGACCGUCCAGGCAAAUCGCUGCCCAAGUGUUUACCACUAUGUGCCGAACAAAUAUAUAUUUUUGCUAAUGAAAUUGCCAAUUAUCUCAGAAAGACAAAAUGAAGAAAUCCAUUUUUCGUCAUCUUAAGUGGUCGAUUCUUACACUGGCCGCUUCUUAAAUUCGUGAAUAGGUGAUUUAUCAAUAACAAUGGAGGCUCAAAAAAGUUACACCCUGACGUUUGGAACUUAUCAUCGCCCGAAAAGAAAUUGAAAAGAAUGCUUAUGCAAAAUUCUGAAGGGACAACAAAGAGUAUUAUGUUAUUUUUGAAAAAUAACUUUUUGUUUAUUUUAUCUUGUUUCAUUUGCUUUUUUUACAGGUUGCCGCGCAUCAUUUCACAAAAACUGUUUUGUUGAGGGAAAAUGUCCCAAGUGUGAAAGGAUACGCAUAAGGUAUGUUUUUUGUUGCUGGUUUUAA